ACUUCAAGCUCCAUUUUCAUUGGAAGGCAGGGCAGUGUUACCCAUUCCCUUUGACUUCAUUUACCUUACAUGCUCUAUGUUUUUGAAGGUAAAAGAGGUGCUUACUGAUGGACGUCAUAUCAUCACUUUCUGUAAUGGUACUAAAAAAGAGAUCAGUGCUGAUAAAAGGAUGACAAUGAUUAGAUUUUUCAAUGGAGAUGUAAAGAUCAUGCCAGAUCAGAGAGUGAUUUAUUAUUAUACAGAUGCACAGACAACUUACACUGCUUAUCCAGAUGGCCUGGAGGUGCUGCAGUUCCCUAAUAACCAGAUAGAAAAACAUUAUCCUGAUGGCGCACAAGAAAUCGUGAUCCCAGAUCACACAGUGAAAUGCCUCUGUAGUGAUGGAUUUGAGGAAACUUUUUUCCCAGAUGGUACAGUAGUAAAAGUAGAAAAGAACGGAGAUAAAACAGUGGUAUUCAGUAACGGCCAGAAGGAGAUUCACACUGCGCAGUUCAAGAGGAGGGAGUACCCAGGUGGAACUGUAAAGACCAUGUACUGCAAUGGCAGACAGGAAACCAAGUACUCCUCUGGACGGAUUUGAAUCAAAGAUGAAGAGGGUAAUAUCCUAGAUAAGAAGUGAUUCCUCCCCUGUAAGGGCUGCACUGUACGUAAGUGGUUCAACCCAUUUUCUGUGGGGUAUUCAAUCUCUUUCUCCUCUAAACAUGUAUGUCAGUUUAUAAGACUCCUUUCUUAUGCCUCUGAUGCUUUUCUGUUCCUGUUAAUUAAGAUUAGAACACGUGCAAUAGUGAAAACCACUAUUUCUAUUGAAAUAAUCUAAGGAUAGUACUCCUAAACUGUGUUCUAUAUGAA